AGUUUAUUUAUUUAUUUACUGAUUUACUUUUUGUUGCAUCAUGUAUGUGAUGCAAGUUAAACAGACAAGAACUUGAUGGAAAUAGUUAUGAUCCACUUGGGUUCAACAGCAUACUGAUGAUAGAAUCAUGGAUCACUGAAACAGUGGAACAUUAUGACACUUUAUUAAUACCAUAAACUCAGCUUCUCUAAGAGCUAAAACCAAGCAAGAACUCCAUAGAAACAGGGGAAAUGUGGAGUUGAGUCAGACCAGGAGUCACAGGAAUCCAAAGAAUGAAUUGUAUAAGCAGAAUUGCUCCCAAGACAUUAAUCUUUUCAGAGUUCAGUUGCGGGUCACAACAAAUUGGAAAAGUUAUUGCCAAGCAUGCACAACAAAUUUUGCUUUCUUUUGCUUCUUGUGUUGUGCAUUUAUAUUUUGACAUAAGGGAGCAAUAAAGAAAGACACAUUUAAAGAUAUUAGUUAUAUUUUACAGGUGAUCUGACCUAACUAAGUAUUUCAACAGAAAGCACUUAUAACUACAAUCAAACUAUCUUCUACCUAGAGUCAUGUACCUAUGACUCUGGGUACAUGAACAUGGGAUAACAAUGAACAAUCAAGAAAACACUUUCCAAAUAAAAAGUUUUAACUGCAAAACUUUUCAGAUGAUACUUGAAAAAUGCAAAGAAUUGAAUCUAUGGUUGUUUGUGUAAUGAACAGAUCUAUAUUUUCAGUGAUUUCUUUGUGAACAUCACACACGGUGAUUGGUUUUGAAGACGACUGAGUGAGUUUGUUUGCUGCUAUAUAUUCCCCCCGGCAGGAAAGAGGUGAGAGGUAGAUUGCUCCACUCCUUAUCCAUCCAUCAACUUUUGCUCAGGGUUUGGUAUUCCCAAUAGUCAGGUGGGAGGCAGGGCACAACCUGCUAAUUCAUCACAGGACAACAUGAGAACACAUGAGAACAAUGAGCAAAAACCAACUCCAUUCAGAAAGAAAGAUCCUAUUUGUCAAACAGUGCAUUAAGUUCAGUUCAGCUCUUCAGAUUAGUUUAAAAUAUCUAAGGCAGGGAUGCCAAAGUCCAGCCUUCAAGAAUCCCUCAGUUGCUUGAACCAGAUACAGAAAACAUGUUAAUUUUUAAUAGCUGAAAAUGUAAAAUACAAUGUAAAACACUCUCCUCCACUAUUAAACUUCACUGUUUGCCUGCAGCUGGCCUGGCAAGCUUCUCAAAAUAAGUCACCAUGGUAACUUGUGUGUGGUUGAUUUUGAGACACAACAACAGCUGCAGCACAGAUUGAAGAGUAGGAUCUUGAAUGUGUGAACUUGGAAUGUUUGACCUACAGCUGAUUUCUGGGAAAAGCGAUAGGUUUGAUUGAUCACUUUUUUUGAUAUGGCUCGGGUUAUAUGAAAGAGAAUGAGACAGGAUUUUAUGAGAGUUGAACAUUUGGUGAGCAAUAUCUUUAUUUGGAUAACAGUUGUGCGUCACACUGUUCUUUUCCUUGGUUAGUUGGGUGCCUUAUUGCAUGCAAUGUAGAAAUGCAGGCCCAGUUGUUUGAGAAGUUAAGAUUUUCAGGAUUUAUUUACUUUUUUUAGUUCUUACUCAUUAACUUACCCUACAUUUUAAUUUGUCACCUUUUUUGCUUUCAUGUGUUUUGCAAUGUGCUUACACUUUUACAACUAUAUUGUUUUACUCCCCAUUUCCCCAUAUACUAGAGAGAGAGAGAGAGAGAGAGAGGAGGCAUUCCAUGAAAAACAGGCGUGUCAAAAGGUUAAGGGUCCAUGUGGAGAGGGAUGGGUUACAUUUCGAGACACGCCUCCCCUUUUUCAUGCUAUUUAACUGCCACAGCCCUCCUCCCCUUCAGAAUUCUUGCCUGUCUUUUCUCCACAUUGUGAAUAAUGGUAGAGAAGAGGAUGAACUCCCUUGUAAAAUGGGCGCUCAUACUUUUUGGACUGGUCUCAGUCAUUCUCAACAUCGUCUUCAUAGGCAUCCACUUGGGUAGGAAGCCCAAAUGUUCGGGUCAGCAUGUCCAUCAGCUGAAAGGUAGACAUGAUGACCGCAGCAUGGUGUUUGCUGAUCUCACUCAGGAGGAGUACUUGCAAGUCCAGCAGUACAUGCUUAAAGAGAAGGAGCUGAAUAUCUCCACCAGACAGACCACCAUGCCGUCGGAAAACUUUUUAUUUCUAAUUGAUCUCUCACUACCAAAGAAAUCGGAGGCUCUGGCGUACUUAGACGGGACAGGCAAAAAGCCAGAGAGAGAAGCAACAGUGGUGGUCUUCUAUGGCAUGAAGGGCCACAUCAAGGAGUAUGUGGUGGGGCCUCUCCCCAAUCCGACAUACCACAGAGAUGUAACAAAUGCAAGAUACAAAAUGGAAUUACCUAUCACUAAGCGUCUGGUUACUAUUGGGGAGUACGCUUUAAUGUUUAAAUUUUUUGACACUGAGGUCUUCUCUAAGUUAAAGAAACUCCUGAAAGAGAGUUUUGGUGUGGAUGGAGAAAAACGCUUGAAUGCCUUUGAACAAAUGCCCCGUGGGGUUCAGUCAGGGGACAGAAGAACUUGGGUUUCCUUCUUCAGAGAUUUGAGCGGCAUGUACAUUCACCCGGUGGGCUUCGAGGUGCUGUUGAACCACAAGAGCACAAACGCAUCUGAGUGGAAACUGGAGAAGCUGCUUUACAACGGGGAAUAUUUUAACACGGUGGAAGAGCUUAAGAUGCAAUAUGAUAAAGGGAAUGUGACAAAAAUUGUCUACAAGGAAUCUCCUGACUACGGCUCUCUCAAGCCUAGAAAAAAGCCGCUGCAGAUCCCACCCCAGCAGUUUUAUGCAGAGGGAAAGCGCUACAGUAUUCAGGACAAUCACGUCUUGUAUCUGGACUGGAACUUCGCUUUUGGACUUAGUUCUCUCACAGGUAUGAGAGUGUUUGAUGUGAGGUUUAAUGGUGAAAGAAUCGCCUAUGAAAUAAGCGUGCAGGAGGCGAUGUCAGUGUAUGGUUCAGUAACACCAGGGAUGAUUCUAACAAAGUUUUUGGAUUCAAGCAUCGGGAUCGGGCGCUUCGCACAUGAACUUGUUCGUGGUGUUGAUUGUCCUUAUAACGCUGACUAUGUUGACACAUACCGGUACAUUGAUGUCCCGGGUCCAGUCAGGUUCAGGAAUUCCAUAUGCAUCUUCGAGCACAACAUGGGUCAGCCCCUAAGAAGACACUUCUCUGAUUUUUUCCACACCAAUUAUGGUGGAAUGGUGAACAGCGCUUUAGUCUUCAGAACAAUAACAGCUAUAGGAAACUAUGACUACAUGUGGGAUUUCAUCUUUUAUCAAAGUGGAUCAGUAGAAGCCAAAGUGCACGCGACUGGCUACAUCUCAUCUUCCUACCUGGUCAAGGGUAAUCUGAAGUACGGACACCAAGUGGCAGAAAAAGUCCUCGGGAACAUCCACACACACUUCAUCAACUUCAAGGUGGACCUAGAUGUGGCAGGAGUGAAGAAUGUAUUCCAGACCAAAGACAUGGAGUUUACCAAUGUAUCUUUGCCUUGGAUGACUGAUCGAAAUGCAAUGGUGCCUCAGCUGGUGGAAAAGCAGCUCAAAACUGAACAGGAGGCCGCCCUGCGUUAUGACACCAAGAUACCUCGCUAUCUUCACAUCGCUAGCAGGAAAACCAAUCGUUGGGGCCAUCAGCGUUCCUACAAACUGCAGGUGUUUAGCUUUGCAGGAGACCACCUACCAGAGAGCCAGACUGAAGAGAGAUCAAUGUCCUGGGCCAGGUAUAAGGUUGCCAUCACCAAGCAUAAGGACUCAGAACAAACCAGCAGUAGUCUUUACAAUCAGAAUGAUGUUUGGACUCCAGCUGUUGACUUCAGCAAGUAUAUUGAAGACGACGAAAGCAUUGAAGAUCAAGACCUUGUUGCCUGGGUGACCACAGGCUUUCUUCAUAUCCCUCAUGCUGAAGACAUACCUAACACUGUGACAGUAGGUAAUGGUGGUGGAGUCAUACUACGACCACAUAACUACUUUGAUGAAGACCCAUCUAUCAGCUCUGCAGAUUCUGUGUACUUCAGCCCUGGUGCUGAAGGCAGCUGUGAGAACAACAGGAUGGCAUGCUUGACACACGAGACUUGUACCCCCACCCUGGAGACCUUUACCUACCACGGCUUUGACGGAGUCAUGAAGUUUGAGGACUGGAAAUGAUUUAUGUGUUGCUGAGCAAAAGCUUCACAGUUAUUUUAGUAUGUAAGAAACAUUUUGCACUAUGUGUUUAACUAAGUGUAACAAAUUGAAUUAAUACACAAUAUAUUGUGGACCUGCAAAUCCCUCUGUAUUAUGUUAUUUUAUUUACCUAUUAUGAACACAGUUGUGUUUUUUACCUUCACUAAAGAUAAAAAAUGAUUUUACCUCUGGUGAACACUGAUGAUACACAUGUAAAUACAUACAUAUAUAUAGCUCUGGAAAUAAUUAAGAGACUACUGAUUUUACUCUUUAUAGGUCUAUGUUUGAGUAAACUGAACAUUGUUCUUUUAUUCUAUAAACUACUGACAACAUGUCUCUGAAAGUCUAAGCAAAACUUUUGUAUUUAUUUGCAGAAAAUGACAAAUGGUCAAAAUAACAAAAAAGAUGAAGUGUUUUCAGAUCUCAAAUAAUGCAAUGAGAACAACUGAGAAAGAACAACAAUGUUUGAACUCAGGGAGAGUUCAGAAAUCUAUGUUUGGUAGAAUAACCAGGAGGUUUUCAAUGCAGUUCAGUGCAGUCAUCUUUUUUUUCCAGAGCUUUAGUUAAAUAUAUAUAUAUAUGUGUGUGUGUGUGUGUGUGUGGAAAACAGGUUUUUAUUCCAUCCACUGUAAUUACUCCUUAUAUUAUUUUUGUAAAAAUGCUUGCAUGUCACCAUUUUGCCAUGACACAGAACAUUUGAAAAAUAAAAAAUUACUAUUUGA